AUGACCGACAACCAGCAGCAGCAGGCCAAGCCGAUCUACGUCGCGACUUAUGGCCGGGAUCCUAAGAUGGCUGCGGCUGUUAGUGAGAAAUUGAUGCCUGAUAUUGAAGUAGUCCACACCUCCCUCUCCCUUUCCACCGCCGUUCACGAGCUCCCCCUUCUCUUCUCAGGCGACACCUCCAUUACCCCCGCCUCUGGUCUCGGCUCCAACACCAACCUCCCUCCCACCGAACGGCACAUCCCGACCGCUUUGUUGUUUGGCGGCGGCAGCUUGACCGACGAAGAAUACGAGAGAAUUGUCGCGGCCGUGAGGGAAGCGAUCCCUGGUGCUGAAAGCGGCACGCCUGUGCAGUUCGUCAGGAUCGGCAAGCGAGAUGUCAUUGCGGCUGGGGCGUUUACGGGGCCGAAUCCGGAGACCAUUGCUAAGAGGGAGGAGGAGGGUCGUGGUGGUAUCGGUGGCCGGUUUGGUGGCGGUGAUGGCUCCCCUGUAGGGAACGACACUAGGAAGGAUGGUACAAAGGGCGGAACGAGAAAUGGGAAUGGCAACAGCAAAAGGUUCUGGCAAAGGUGCAACUCGGCCGACAGCGGCAUCGGAAUACCGGACGACAACAACAUGGACAACUCGGAAGUCCGAAACGACACCCUCGGCGCCGCCAUCGCCUCCGGAACUUCCACCUCCUUCACCUUUGCCGGAUCCACUGGUUGGAGGUACAUCAGCCUCUCAGAUGACGACCACAUGUAUGGCGGCAUGCACAGCCCACAUGCAGACCAGGAUGAAAAUGUUGGCCUACUCGGCGGCAUGCGAUUCCGAGGCAAGAACAACAAAGGAAAGAAAGUUGGCAUGUUCGCCAGCGGCAUUCCAGAGGAAGACGAACAUGAAGAUGACGAUGCCGAUGGGAAAAAGAAGGGCGGCGGCGUCAAAGGGAAAGAUGGCAAGUGCGGUGAAGGAUGGUUCGAAACACUCAUGGUCCAUGGAUUCGGAUCAAUCGCUCAUUUAUAUGUGCCGUGUACUGAUUUCAUCACGUUUGAAGAGAAUGACCUGGGCGGAAGAAAAGAGGUGGUUGGUGCGAUGAUGCCGAGGCAGGCGCAGGCGCAUAUUGUGAUUUUCGAUGAUGGGUUGGGCGGUAUAGCGCUUCGUGAUUUAUAG